GUUUACAUCCUUGAGGCGCGGCUUCACUCCUAUUUCCAUCAGUUCGUCUUUAGCUUUUGUUGAAAAAUGUUGUCUGUUGUUGGGCUUCUCUUCAUUUAUUUGCUUUCCAUCUGCCAAGCAGAUUCUAUUCACUGUACGUCAUCACAAUGUCAACCACGAAUUCUUCCUGACCAUUACUGGACUCUCGACAGCAGGUGCUUGGAUGACCACACUGCGUGCUCUGAAAAUAUUGGCACAAGUGGUACUUGUGCCACAGAAGAGGUUCCUGAAACAUCUGCCAGCCCAACUGGCGUGACGUCAAGAUCUCUCCCAACAUUGAGAGGUCCACGCGGAAACUGUGUCAUAUACUUAGAUCAAACUCAGAGUGACAGUAUUGAUUUCGGUGAAUUUGCUAACACCUGUUUGACGCGUUUGGAACUUUGCAAAAGAGGUCUGACAGUCUCCGUCUGGAUGAAGAUUGAUACUGACAGAGAUGGCCGCAUGUACUACGUCAGCUCCGGAGGCCAAACAGGUUCCAGCCGUGGUAUCGCCAUAUUCGGCAGCAGAAACAUAGAAACGUAUGGUAACACGUUCACACUGACAACGUAUGUUACUGAUCUACAAACAACAUGGAUUGCGGAAACUCAGGAGCUUCCACCAAAUGGCCGUUGGACGCACGUAGCUUUUACAUGGAGCCAACACCACGGACUGCGGCUCUUAAUAGAUGGCCAGCAAGAAGAUCAGGAUAGAUUUGGAACUCCAUCCGACAAUAAUAAUUAUCAAUAUACAAGGUUAAUACUUGGUCGACCUAACAGUGUUGAAAAUUACUUCGGGACAGCUGGAUUCUCUGACCUCAGAAUAUAUUAUCAGCAUCUGGAGAAUCACGAUAUUGCUGAGGAAUUGUCUAGUGACAUAUUUUCUAUACAUUAGUACAUUUUAGUGGUGAUUGUCUUAGCAUCCAUUUUUGGAAGUACCCUUUCAAAAUUAUAAUUGAAUUGUGUAUAGGCCUAUGUAUUGUAUUUGGAGAUAUGGCUUAAGCUUAAUAAUUUCAAAUUAAGACCCUUAAC